ACACUUCACACCUAAAAUUGCUGAGAUGUUUUCUUUCUAAGUCAGAAGGAGAAGUGGUCAUUGCUUCAGUUAUUGGUUAAGAUACAGAUAAAAGCACAACACAUUCACAGAGCAGGACAGAGACAGUAACAGCGUGUAACAGAACCGGAGAUUUAAUAUCUUCCUGAAGUGGAGUUGGUGUGGAGAUCGGUGAGAGUGAACUCAGGAUGAAGAUCCUCCUCAUCUUCACCCUCUGUCUGAUCUCAGAUGGAGGAGCCUCAAAGCAAGUAACAGGAUAUUCAGGAGGAGGAGUCCUUAUCAAGUGCAAGUAUGAUACAGAAUACAGACAAAACACAAAAUAUUUCUGUAAGGUUUCAGGAUUAAAGUGUCCUUACCUAAUCAAGGUAGAAGCUAAAAACGAGUGGGUAAAUUCAGGAAGAUUCUCACUGUUUGAUGACACCAAAUCAGCAGAGGUCUGGGUGAUGAUCAGAGAGCUCACUGUACAGGACUUUGGGUCGUACAAAUGUGGAAUUGAUGUACUGUGGGGGACAGUACACACAAGUAUGUACACACAAGUGGAACUGAAGGUGAAGAAAGGAGCCAGGGUCCCUAGACACGUGACUGCAUAUGCAGGGACGAGAAGCAACAUCAAGUGCAGAUAUGAAAAUCAAUACAAAAACAAACCUAAAUCUUUCUACAAGAUUGAGACAGAUCAGUGGCGUUUUAAUCAAAUAAGAACAAAACUGAACAGUGAAUGGUCACAUGAUGGCAGAUUCUCAAUUCAUGACAACAGAAGUGCAGGAUUCUUCAGUGUGUUUAUCAGAGAGCUGAUUACGGAGGACACUGGAUCAUACGCGUGUGCUGUCACUGUGUCGGAUGAAGCAGAGAUCUACACUGUAGUGAAGCUGAAUGUAACAGAAGGUUUGUCCUAUGAGAAGUCCAUCACUGAGACUGUCUAUGUAGGAAAAGAUUUGACAGUAAACUGUAAUUACCCAGAAUCCCACAGGGAUGACAAUAAGUUUCUCUGCAAAAGGAUUGCAACUGCUGCUUGUUCUUAUACUCUGACUGUUAAAGAAAAUGGAAGGAAUGUACAAAAGGGACCUUUCUCCCUGUAUGAUGACAGAGAAAAACACAUCGUCACUGUGAGCCUCAGAAAAGUGACUGAACAGGACUCUGGAGAAUACUGGUGUGGAGCUGAAGUAAACUGGAAAUCUGAUCACGGCUACAAGGUUUAUUUCAAACAGAUCAACCUGGAAGUAACUGGCCAAGAAACAACUGAACAGUCUAACAUAGAAGUUGAAAAUGAAGAAGAGGUUUUCUAUGAAAGUGCAAACACCAACGUCUACCAAUUAGAUCCAAUCUAUGAAAAUCUCACUUUUUAA